AACCCCACACCGCCAUCGCCACUUUCCCGCCAUUUCAAAACCCUUUAACAUUCUUUCUCCUUUCCAUUUCCAGUAUUUUUCUUUCACAAUUUCGCUCAUCAGAAAAUCGAUUCACGUACCUUCGCAGAUCUCCAUCACCAACGUUACGAAACGUCCUAUUAUUAGUCAGAUUUCAGUAUGACGCAAGAAGAAGUUGAAAAUGAAAGAGACGACAUGUUAAUCGAUGGUUCCGAACUUCAAAACCCUAACCCUAAUUCUACUUCCGAUGGCUUUAACGUUAAUUACCUCAAAGCUUACUACGCAAAUUUGUUUCCGUAUUCUGAUAUGUUCAAAUGGUUGUCGUAUGGAAAUGAUGGAAAGCACCCAGGAUGUGAUCAGUCUUACUUUGGCCGAAGGGAAUUUUCAUUUACUUUGGAAGAUGAUAUAUAUUUGCGAUUCCAAUCGUUCAAGAACGCUUUGGAACUUGAAAGUUCAGUCAAGGAGAAAUGCCCCUUUAAAAUUGAUAUUGGGCCUGUUUAUAGUGUUGAUCCAUCUAAGAGACAUGCCUACGCACAAACUGGAGACAAUGUCUUCACCCCUGUGGAAAGAGAGCUGAUAUUUGAUAUUGAUAUGACAGACUAUGAUGAUGUUAGAUAUUGCUGUUCUGGAGCUGAUGUAUGCCGGAACUGCUGGCCUUUGAUGACUGUUGCUAUUAAAAUUAUUGAUACUGCUCUUAGAGAUGAUUUUGGCUUUAAUCAUAUUCUAUGGGUAUUCAGUGGCCGGCGUGGUGUUCACUGUUGGGUUUGUGAUUCCAAAGCUAGAAGGUUAACCAAUGAGCAACGAUCUGCUAUUGCUGAAUAUUUUCAUGUGUAUAAGGGUAAUGAGAAUAGUCAGAAAAAGGUUUCCUUGGGUCCUGCUCUUCAUCCAUUUCUUGUGAGAGCAUACACUGAUGUUCUAAGGAAAUAUUUUGAAGAGAUAAUUUUGAGCAGUCAGAACCUACUUUCUUCUGAAGAGAGAUAUGAGAAGGUUCUAGAGAUGAUUCCUGACGAAUCUAUUACUUCUGAGCUUAGAGGUAAAUGGAAGGAUAACAGACGAUCUUCAGACAAUAAUGUUGCUCGUUGGGGGCAACUAAAGCGUAUCCUACAAUCUGGAAAACAGAAGGGAAAGGGGCUUCGCAGUUGUGUUGAAGAGAUCAUAUUUUCUUAUACAUACCCAAGGCUUGAUAGCGAGGUCUCAAAACACAUGAACCAUUUGUUAAAGGCACCUUUCUGUGUACACCCAAAAACAGGCUGUGUUUGCAUUCCCAUUGAUCCCACUCAGUGUGAGGAUUUCGAUCCUACCAGUGUACCAACCCUUUCGCAGCUUCUGGAAGAACUUAACAUGGGAAGUCUUGGCGGAGAUGUUGAGACUGACCUGGAGAGAACCUCGCUUGGCAAGUCCAUCGCCCUUUUCAGAUCAUUUUUACGGCCCCUUUUAAAAUCUUGUAAAGAGGAAUUGGAAGCUUCCUAUAACAAAAAGCUUCAGCAAAGCAAGGACGCACUCACUUGGUAGAUGUUACCAUUUGGUUUGUCUGGAUACUUGGAUUAUCAUCUGUUCCAAGUUGUUGCUAUGUAAGUAUCUAAAUCUAUGUAUCAUUCGUGGUUUAGUUUCUAGCAGAUACUACAAAAUUGUACUAAAUAAAUGCCCUGCACUCCAGGUUAUAUAUACAUUUGAUUGUUGAUCCUUUAUGCUGUACACUUUUUGAACCUUCAUGACAAAUAUCAGUCUGAAGCCGUAUGACCUAAUUGUACGAUUGUGGUUCGCCUCCUGACUUUUUGUGCAUUUGUCUUUUUCGAAAUUUUGUACUUCAACAUGAGCUCAUCCUAAAUAAAAUUAGAUUUAUUUUUUCAAAUUUGAUCACUAUGGAAUAUGUAUUAAGAGUUUGUGGUCUUUGUUAAUGUAGGAAGAGUUGUGAUCCUAAGUCUGUUUGAUAGUCCGUAUCCAUAAAUCUGUAUCCGAGUAAUAAAAAUUAAAUUUCGUGCA